AGCAAAAAAAUGGCUUCCGAUUCCGCUUCUUCUUCCGCUUCUCAUACAGUUUUGCAUCUUUUCUGGUUCUUUCUCUUGGCUGUCGCCGCCGUCACUACCACCGUCGGCGCUAUCGAAUUCCCAGUUGGUGGCGACGUUGGUUGGCGAAUCCCUGCAACCAACGAAACCGAACUCUACACUGUCUGGGCUUCCAGACGAAACUUCCAUAUCGGCGAUACCCUCCGUUUUCGUUACAAGAAUGAUUCAGUGGCCGUGGUUAAAAAAUGGGGGUUCUACCACUGUAAUUCUAGCUCUCCAAUCGCAUUCUUCAACGAUGGCGACUCCGUGAUCAAUCUUGAUAAUGUCGGAACGAUGUAUAUCAUCAGCGGCGACUCUGAUCGGUGUAAACAAGGUGAGAAGAUGAAGUUGGAGGUGAUGGGUUCUGGCCCUGGUUCGUACUUCCCGCCGUCGAUUUCUAGUCCGCCGGAGAGCUCUUAUUCCGACAUAGCUCCGUCGCCAUCUCAGUUCUCCAGUUAUGGUGGUGAGCAUGACGUCAUUCUUAUCUUCUUAAACCCUAAAAUUUUGUUAUCCCAUACUCACUUAACUCACACCUACUUCCUCUGCUCUCGUCUACCAUUCUUCUCUCGUUGCAAAUUAUUAGCUAACUGA